UCCCCAGGUCACUGAGCGGAAGGCUGUGUGAACGCCCACAUUUGGACUAUCAGGAGACACUCUGACCGAGAGCGCAUUUUGGGGACCCACUUGAUGUGAUGUGGUCUUGGUUGGCUGAUCCUUCUUCCAUCUGUGGAUUGUGGUCCCUGUGACAGCAGGGGGUCAGCCUCCCUCUUUCCUCCAGAAGAUUGAUCUUCUAGGGACUCAGCGACAAUGGAAGUCUUGGGGUUUCUCAAACUGGAAGUGAAUGGCCCCAUGGUGGCAGCGGCCCUCUCAGCGGUCCUCUUGGCCCUCCUGAAGUGGUAUUCCACAUCAGCGUUUUCAAGACUGGAGAAGCUGGGCAUCAGACAUCCCAAGCCGUCUCCUUUUAUUGGAAAUUUGACAUUUUUCCGCCAGGGUUUCUGGGAAAGCCAAAUGGAGCUCAGAAAGCUAUACGGACCUCUGUGUGGGUACUAUCUUGGUCGCCGGAUGUUCAUUGUUAUCUCUGAGCCAGACAUGAUUGAGCAGGUGUUGGUUGAGAACUUUCAUAACUUUACCAACAGAAUGGUGUCCGGUUUGGAGUCCAAACCGGUGAUGGACAGUGUCCUGUUUUUACGCCACAAAAGAUGGGAAGAGGUCAGAAGUGUCCUGACUUCGGCUUUCAGUCCUGAAAAGCUGGAUGAGAUGACGCCCCUAAUCAGCCAAGCCUGCGAUCUGCUCCUGGCUCACUUAAAACGCUAUGCGGAAUCCGGGGAUGCUUUCGACAUCCAGAGGUGCUACAGCUGCUACACCACAGAUGUGGUUGCGAGUGUCGCCUUUGGGACCCAGGUGGACUCCCUAAGGGCCCCCGAGGACCCCUUUGUGACGCACUGCAGGCGUUUCUUUGCAUACUCCAUCCCCAGGCCUGUCCUGGUUUUAAUCGUAUCAUUUCCAUCCAUAAUGGUCCCACUGGCCCGGAUUUUGCCCAAUAAGAACCGAGAUGAACUGAAUGGAUUUUUUAACAAACUCGUUAGGAACGUGAUUGCCUUGCGGGACCAGCAAGCAGCAGAAGAGAGGCGGAGAGACUUCCUCCAACUGAUCCUGGAUGCCCGACAUUCCGCCCCCUCUGUGGGGGUGGACAGCUUUGAUAUGGUCAGACAAGUGUUCUCCUCCACCCACUGCGCGGCGGGGGCCCCCCGGCCACACCAGCCCGGCCGCCUGUCCAAGCCACUGACUGUGGACGAGGUCGUGGGCCAGGCCUUCAUCUUCCUCAUCGCUGGCUACGAGAUCGUCACCAACACGCUUUCUUUUGCCACCUACCUCCUGGCCACCAACCCUGACUGCCAAGAGAAGCUUCUGACGGAGGUGGACAGCUUUAAUGAGAAAUAUCCGGCCCCUGACUACAGCAGCUUCCAGGAAGGCCUGCCCUACCUGGACAUGGUGAUCGCAGAGACUUUGCGGAUUUACCCACCGGCUUUCAGGUUCACGCGGGAGGCAGCGCGGGAUUGCGAGGUGCAGGGGCAGCGCAUCCCGGCGGGCACCGUGGUGGAGGUGGCCGUGGGCGCCCUGCAUCAUGACCCCGAGUACUGGCCACACCCCGAGACCUUCAACCCGGAAAGGUUCACGGCCGAGGCGCGGCGACGACAGCGUCCCUUCACAUACCUGCCUUUCGGGGCGGGCCCGCGGAGCUGCCUCGGGGUGCGGCUGGGGCUGCUGGAGGUCAAGCUGACGCUGCUGCACGUCCUGCGCCAGUUCCGGUUCGAGGCCUGCGCGGAGACGCAGGUACCACUGCAGCUAGAAUCCAGAUCUGCCCUAGGGCCAAAGAAUGGCGUCUACAUCAAGGUUGUCUCCCGCUGACAGUGUUGUGAUGACACUCCCAGAUUCAAAGUAGACCUUCCUGUGGAAAUUCAGAACCUGGGGAAAACAUCACUGAAGCAAUUGAAAGGGUGCCUGAUGUGCAAGUAGAAAAGAGGUAUUUAGAUAACAUUUCCUGAAUGCUUAAUAAAUGUUUACUGCACUUAGUU